AUGGGGGACGGAGAGCAGGGCUCCGGCCACCGCAUCCGUGUGCACGACCCGGUGCUUUACACGCAGCUAAUGAAUGCGGCUGAUUGGAGCCACGUAAUCGAGAAUGAGGGGAGGCAAAUGCAGGAGAGCUUGGCGAGACGUGAGGCGGAAGCUGCACUCGCCCGCCAACGCGAGCAAAUGAAACUAGAUGAAGUGAGGCGCCGCUUGGAGCAGACGAUGGCGACCCGGCGUGAACGACAGUUAGCUGAAGAACAACAGAAACAGCAAAUGAAGGAGUUUAGAGAACGCAUGAGCGCGGUUGGGCGACGACAUGCGGAACUGGUUUCUAUGUGUAGUGCUGCCCAGCGGCGGGAAGUCUUUCGCACUCACCGCGCGUUGUUGCGGCUUAGUCGGCAGCGAGAGGAAGAAUUGCUGCGGCCUAUACAAGAAUUCAUUGAAGAACAGUUAUACGAUGAUGAGAGUGCUCAGAUGCGGUCGGAAGUGAGAAAAGCGAUGAUGGAAAGUUAUGUUGCGGAGUGCAAUCGGCUGGAGAAAACGGCGUUAGGUGGUGUAUUUCUCGACGUUAUUGACCCGGUUAGCUACGACCCGUUUCUGCAACAAAAACUAUGUACGAUACGGUACCCUGAACCGCCGCGCCCCAUGACGGUAGUCGAGGCCCAUCGCUUAGAGGCAAGCGAAACGGUGAAGCACUAUCAGCAGUUAGCGUUGGACUAUCGUAAGCUUCAGCGGGAGUCGAUGACAGGCGCGUUAUCCGCUCCUUCGCAGGCUGAAGACUCGGUCUACACUCUGACACGAUGCAUGUCACCAUCGGAGGUAGCAGUGGAACCUUACCAGCAAACCCAAGGGAGUCACCCUCCGAGAUUCAGGGUGUCGCGUUCACCCAGCCCCACGAGACUUCGACCUCCCCUUAAUCGAAUGCUCCCUGGGGGGCUGGAUGGAACAGCGAAUAAACUCGACAUGUUAAAGACUUUGUCGACGGUUGCCCGCAGAUGCGGGAUGGAUGCCGGACCGGGGCACGUGGUGACGAGGAACAGUCGAUCCAACGAAGUGAUGCCUCUCCUUGGAACCGCCACUGACGAAAAUGAUCAGCUCUUGCAGUGGAUGAGCCGACGGCAACGCUCAACACAGUCACGUUUUCGCGACUUGCCCGUCAGCAAGUGGGACCGUUUCACGGAAACGGCUCUUGGUUGGAAUGCAGCAGCGGAUGGGUCCAUGAAGGAAAGCCUACCCCGGCACAGAGAUGCUGCAUAUUACCGCCAGAUGUCUCGUAUAACGUUUGCCCAUCUGCCGUAUGUCCCCGGUUGUGCAGGUCAGCGGGCUGCGGUGACAAACAAAUGA